CAAACAGAUGUUACGACUGGUUAAACGUUUGAGGCGGCCCUGACAUACAGCAGUCUGGUGUUGACCACGGAGGCAAAACAACCAUGGCAGCUGUACUGAAACUGUGCGUGGUCCUCAUCUGUCUUGGACUGGUGGAGUCACUCGUCCGGGACUGCUUCUGUGACGUGUGCACAGUAACGGAGCGUGUCUCGUUCAAGAAACCAAUAUGGAAAUAUACAAAGUAUUCUCAAAGAUAUACCACAAUUUGUGGCUUUUUGGGAUGGGGAAGGUGUGCCAGAUACCGGUUUGUCAGCACCACAUCCGUGCUCAUGUGAAAUCGUCUAACACUUACAUUGCUUCGUGCCGACAUGCCGAAUGCCGAAUGCAGUGUUAAACAAGAUGAAUUACGUUCCCAGCGAGAGAGGAAGGAGGAGCACGAACAACAGUGAAUAAGGGGCAAAGUAGUGGCGAGAUUGAAUGACAUUACCUGUGACGUCCUGUGCGUAGGUUUUACGCAUGCGUAGUUGUCCCGUAAAAUAGGUACAGAUGGACUGUCUACGAUUACAUAGGUUUUAAUGAGAAUAAAGAUUAACAGAAUGAGGGAUAUGUAUGGGACCAACAUAUGUUACUGAGGACCUACUGUAACCCCGACUCCCGACGGGGAGACCAGCAUAUGUUGGUGAGGACCUAUUGUUACCCGGACUCCCGACUGGGAGACCAGCACAGGUUGCUGAGGACCUAUUGUAACCCGGGCUCCCGACGGGGAGACCAGCAUAUGUUGCUGAGGACCUAUUGUAACCCGGACUCCCGACGGGGAGACCAACCUAUGUUGCUGAGGACCUAUUGUAACCCGAACUCCCGAUUGGGACACAAGCAAAGGUUGCUGAGGACCCAUUUUGAACCGAAAUCCCAACGAGCAUCCAAGCAAAUGGCAACUUCAGGUGAAAGCCAGUGGUCAUAUUUCAGAUCAUUCCUCAUUUACAUAACUACACAUGGCAUCACGAGGAAAUAAUGGACAAGGAUUAGGGGCAAAUCAUACCCUCAGCGCCAAAGAGUAAUCAGUGUACAUAAUCAGUCUACUGUACUGGCACCUGGCACAACUGGCAUAGAUUUGUGGAGAGUCAACCUAUCUGACAAUAAACCUGGAUAUAUUGUAAUGCAAUCUGGACUGCACCUGAUCAUAUACAACUUCAGUCGUAGUGUACGUGUCAGGUUUUCAUUUAACUCUUGGAAAGCUGUCGGAAUGUUGCAAGGUUUUGCAACUAAAAUGAGAUGUCAGAUAUGGCAACAGAACGUGGACAGACCUCAAAGAUAUUGUAUAACGACACGUAUAGCACAUCCGUUGACUGUUUGUCUGAAUAAUUUUACAUACAACUUAACACUCAAGCAAGGAUAUCUUGAAUAUGGGCUGGUUAGCAUGCUGUGUAAACUGAACAAGACCACGUGUCCAAUACAUGUACUUCUAUACAAAGGGUGUAAGUACGGAACAAAAAGGGUGCAAAACGUAAGUGCCGAACGCAUCUACGGGUCAUUUCCCUGGAUAAGCGUAGUGUUUCCUUAAUCCAGUUGGUGUUUUCAUUACUAUUGUCAAGCUGCGAUGUCGAGGAAAAUCAGAAGACUUUAUUGCACUGCACUUUCGGACCAGUGUCUUUAGUUUUAAGAACGUUACUAUUUUACUCUUCAUGUAUAUUUCUUCGGACAAUUCGCCAACAUGCCACUUGAUGGAUUUGGAUGGUAUUGAUCGCUUAUCAUAAUAAAUUGAAACAAUCAUGAA